AUGUCCAUCUUCUCAGACUCUGGCCCGGCAAGGGACCGUCGGGAUUCGCUCAGGUUUCAGGCGGAGACUUCUCUCCAAAGCUGUGAUCAAGGAGGUUUCUCCUAUCCUACUCCAACGGAUUGUGAUUCUCCAGCGGAUGGUCUACAAGAGAUUACACCUGCUUCUUCCGUAAUCACGCCGCGUAAACGGGAAAGUAUGGAGGAGACAACGGCAGUCCGCAAGCGCUAUUGCCAGAAGCCGGAAACAAUGUCUCCUGCAACUGAAUCUGAUGGAACUGUUUAUUUGCUUUUGAAGACUUGUGCCUUUGGGAAAAAAAUGAGAAAGGGUUGGAAUAAACAGAAGAGACUUGAAAUUCAGGAAUGCACAGAAGAGGAGGUACGGUUGAGUGAUGAACACGUCCGUGAAGUGCUCAGAGCAGAAGCACAAUUGGUCUGCCAUAAUCCUUGUGAAACUAUUAGGUCUGGUUUACAAAAUUGGGUGGAAAAUGAAUCGCGAAAACUGCAUGCACUUGGAAUUCCCACUAGAUGGAGAGGCAUCGAAGCAGCAGCGGAAUAUUUUAUUGAAUUGCGUUCCAACACAAUUGCUGAUCCUGUCAGUGUUCGCGCUGCAGAAUUGCUGCUCUUCAUAAAUUAUAAAGACAUGUGCAAACGGCCAGCAGAUUUUUGUCCACGGCCUCGUGGAAAGAAUGAACGGAAAUCGAGUUAUGUUCUGAAUUGCAUAAUUGAAGGAAUUCCAAACUAUUUCGGUCGCCACCAGAGCCUUGAGUCUCGCCGAGACAAUAUUAGCAAUAUUGUACGCUAUGGAGGAUGGUGGUGGAAACUCUCGCGUGAGCUUGGCAUUGGCCUCUUACUUCUUGGUGACGACGAAUUGUUCAGAAUAAUGAAAAGCGACAUGUUCACAAAUGCCCAAGUUAACGCCCUCAUCACGCACGUCUCUCGUGUACGACCAGGAACUAUUCGCCUGCUUCCAUCAAUAAACCCGAUUAUGAGAACGCUGAUACGUGGAGAAGUUCCUAGAGGUCUUGUUAGCGCCCUCCAUUUAGAUGGAUUCCCACUUUUUGAUCAGGCGAAAUUGAGCCGUGCGAAUGACGAGGACGACGCAGCUUUAGCUGACCAAUGCCUUGAGGCACCCUGGACAAAUGCUGUGCAAGAGAGCGAUAUUCCAGGAGAUAUUUUGGAGAUCCUCCAUGAUUCUGAGACUUCAGAGAUUACUUGA